AUGGGAGACAAGGAUCCUCCUACAUUAGAGGUGUGUUUGGAUAAGAGGACACAUGCUCGCCGGCGUUACACCAAGACAGAGACUACUGUUCGGAAGCAUUAUGAUGCAGCCAUGGGGUUCAAUGCUGUAGAACCGCGAGAUGAGGAACAGUUUGAGUUGGAGGUGCGGGCUUCCAUCAAGGCACAGGCACAGCUCAAAGAGAUGUAUUCGGACUUACAGGAUGUUCAAGAUGAGAUCGAUUACCAUACAGAUAACGAUGCCCGAAUUGAAGGAAUGUCGGGGGAUGCCCAAGCGAAGGAGGAAGCCGUUGAGAACCGAUACAAGGAUGCCUACAUCAUGAUGGACGCAAAGAUCCAAAGAUUGGAGGGGAUAUGGCAUGGCCCAGCCGACAAGGCGCCAAGUAAGAAGUCUGGUUCAUCAAAGGACACAUUUUCCCCUGAUACAUUUACCAAGUGUCUUGCAUCAGCGUUCAAGGAUAUGAACACAGGGAUCACUGGGGAUCAGCUGACUGAGAUCCUAGCCACUAUCACACGGAGGAAGCGAGACUUAAAAAUCCCGAAGUUCAAAGGAGACCCACUGAUGUUUGAUCAGUGGAGGAAUCUAUUAGAGGGAGAGAUAUCUAAACCCGGAUACACAGAGACUGAGAAGGCACACUUUGCCAUUUCACUGCUGGAAGGUGAAUGUCGCGAGAUGGUUGCAGCAUUGAAGGACCCUACUUAUGAGAAUGUACUGGAGGUGCUGGAGAACAAGUAUGGGGACUCACUAGCCAGGAUUAACAAGGCUGUAGUGGACAUUGCCAAUAUGGAAGCUGUAACUGGCACCGGAGCCAAGGAGUUGGAAGGGAUAUAUGGUAAAUUACUUUCCAAUUGGAACUAUCUUACCAAGAAGACUGAUGGCUACUGUGAUCUAACUGAAAAUAGUUGGAUAUUUACUGCUUUGGUCUGCCCAAAGUUGCCAAGGGUUCUCAUCCGAAAGUGGGAUGGUGAGCAGAUGAAGGAGACAAAGAGGACUAGGUAUGUGAAGAAAUCACCGUUGCCUAUUUCCUUUGAUCAGCUGUUGGAGAAUCUGAAGGAGGCCCUACAAGUAGCGCGGAGGACAGAAACUACGUCGACUACCAAGAAAGAGAGCUCAUCUUUUUCGUCGAGCAAGAGCCAUGCUAAGAGCCACAGUCAACCCUCGAAGCCUAGUGGAUAUGCCUUGAGUGUGAACGAGGUGAAGAAGACAAGUCAAGGCUGUAUUUUCUGUGGAAAAGACCAUCCAUCAUUCCGUUGUACUGCUGCCGCGGGAAUGAGCACCGAUGACCGGUUCAAGAAGGUGAAGGGCCGUGGAGCAUGCUUUAACUGCUUGUCUACGACGCAUGCUGUAAAGGAUUGCAAAUCUAGGUCAUGUUCGAAAUGCAGCAAACGCCAUCAUAGUCUCUUACAUUGGGAAUCAAAACGUCAAAAUGCGGAUAGUGGGGCAAAAGAGGAUCCACCACCGGAAGCGAGUGGGAGUAGCGGUUCAAAAGAUGUUGUGAAGGCUGGAGUUGGGCUAGUGAAGGCAUUACAAGGACCCCAUUCUGUACUCAUGCAAAGUGCAAUGGCCAAAAUCGAGUCAAAGUCUGCAGUAUCAAAGGCGCGAGUUCUCUUUGAUUCUGGUAGUGGUGUCAGCUUCAUAAGCAGGAGAAAAAGCAAGGAGAUGCAAUUGAAGGGGAAGGAGAUGGAUGCAGACUUCACUCUGGCUGGAGGGAGUUGCAUGAAACUGAAGACCGAGAGAGUGCAAUUUCGUUUGUCGUCCUUGAUCCCGAAUUGGAAGGGCGAAACCUUUGAGAUUGUAGCUUAUGUGAUUGAUAAGCCGAGCGCACCCCUCCAGGAGGUGGAUGUGGAUUUGACCAACCUACCACAUCUCCAGGGACUCCAACUGGCCGACAACUACCCGAGGAAGGAACCAGAGGAAAUCGAUGUGAUGCUUGGAAUAGAGGACACGUUGCACAUUUUACUUCCUGACCAAGUUACUGGGCCUAGAGGAAUGCCCAUAGGACAGAAGAGCCAUUUUGGAUGGAUUCUCUCUGGAACAUACAGCGAUGGAAAGUCCAACAACAGGCCAAUGAUUAAUACAGUACAUGUAUGCAGCAUCCAAGUCAAAACGGAUGAAGCAGAUAUAGCCACCAAGCACUGGGCAUUGGAGCAUAUGGGAAUACUGCCCAAUGAAUCAAAGGACCAACUCACGGAUUUGGAAAAGGAGGCCCUCACACAGCACAAGGAGAAGACGACUGUGGUGAAUGGACAAUUCGAGACUGGACUUAUCAAACACCCCAGAUGGAAGGCGAGAUGUUUGAAGCCCAACUACCAACAAGCGAGGAGACGAUUGGAGGGAUUGGAGCACAGACUUCAGAAGGAUCCAGAUCUUUGUAAAUCAUACAAGGAGCAAAUCAAGGAGCUGAUUGAAAAGGGUAGAGCUGAGAAGGUGGUUGUUGAACCAACAUAUGGCAAGGAGGACGGGAAUUGUCAGAUUUGGUACCUACCACAUCACCCGGUUAUCAGGAAUGACAAGGUGACAACAAAGGUCCGAGUGGUUUUUGAUGGAUCUGCCAAAGGAAAGGAAGGAGUUUCCUUAAAUGAGACAUUGCUACCAGGCCCCGCUCUUCAACCAGAUUUGCAGGGGGUACUUCUCAGGUUUAGACGCCAUCGAGUAGCAAUCAUCGCUGAUAUCGAGAAGAUGUUUCUUCAGAUAAGGAUGAAUGAAGGAGACAGGGACUCGCAGAGAUUCCUUUGGAGGGAUAUGGAGACAGACAGGGAACCGGAUGUUUACCGUCUAACAACUGUAACCUUUGAAUUGAGCUGUUCGCCAUUUUCCAGUAUACAGUGUAUCCGUGACUUAGCCAGUGAAAUCGAGGACAGAUUUCCCAAGGCAGCAUCAGAGUUGAAGGAGAACAUGUUUGUUUGA